AUGGCGUAUUUUGUCAACUGGGCGGGCAUGGACCCAUCCGUCAUUCCCGCUGCCAGCCUCACGCAUGUCUUCUACGCCUUUGCGCUCAUCGAUUCCUCUACUUAUCAGAUCAUCCCAUCCAAUCCUGCAGUGGACAUCACUCAGGGCCUCUAUCUGCGCUUCAACUCCGCCCUUAAGUCCGCCAACCCUGCCAUCAAGACGCUGCUCUCCAUCGGGGGCUAUUCCGCCGGCACCACCGUUUUCGUCAACGCCGCCUCCUCCGCCUCCUCGCGUUCCGCCUUCAUCCAGUCUGCGAUUCGUUUCGCCCGGUCGUACAAUUUCGACGGUCUGGAUAUCGACUGGGAGUACCCGACCGGGCAGAUCGCGCUUUUCUCUGCCCUGCUCACGGAUUUCCGGGCGGCGAUCGAGUCCGAAGCGGCAAGUUCGGGGAAGCCGAAGUUGCUUCUGACCGCAGCGGUUUCUGCCUACGAGCCGACUGUUACGCAGGCAUACGACGUUCCGACGCUUAACAAAACACUGGACUUUGUAAAUAUAAUGACUUACGAUCUACAUGGGUCGUGGGAGGCAAAGACAGGCAUGCACACUGCUCUGGAGGAUUUGAGCAACCUGCAGCUGAGCCUCAAGGGCGCCAUGGCUGCCUGGGUGUCCCGAGGCUUGGCCCAAAGCAAGGCCAUGCUAGGCUUGGCGAUGUACGGCCGAACCUGGACCCUAGCCUCUACAAGCAGCACUGGGGUCGGAGCUGCGGCCACCGGGCCUGGCCUGGCUGGGUCUGUGAGUCAGGAGGCUGGUGUCCUUUUCUACAGGGAGAUUUCCCAGAUGGUAGCCACUGGUGGUUACAAAGCUACACUUCAUACUCCAUCGUCGUCCAUGUACGCGGUGAAGGGUAACCAGUGGGUUGGUUACGACAACCCAUCUACCAUCACCACCAAGGUUAAUUAUGCGAAGGCACAAAGCUUUGGGGGGUGGUUCUUUUGGGCCCUGAACCAGGAUGCCAACAAUGCUUUGCUCAAUGCUGCGUCGGCUGUGUGA